UUAUGAGAACAAUCGAGGGUUUAUAAAGGGUGCCAUCUCAUCUUUUAGCCUCACUCUGCAACUGCAUUUUGGCUUGUGACACUCAGCGGUAUAGGAAGACACCUUGUAAACAGCAUGGCAUUCGUUCGGGCCUUGUGCUUCGUCCUGUUGGUGAGUUUUGCUGCGGCAUGGCAACCAUACUGCUCGUCGAAGUGCCCACCGAAGUGUCCACCGAUGUGGACCUUCUACAACGGCAACUGCUACCGUUAUUUCGGCACCGCCAAGACCUUCAAUGCAGCUGAGAGCCACUGCCAGCAGUUCACUCAGGUCGGCCAUGGUCACCUGGCGUCCGUAGCCAGCGCUAAGGAGAAUACUUUUCUCUUCGCCAUGUGGAAGUCGGCCCGAACAACAACAACGGGCGGCCUGUGGAUAGGCUUCACUGACCAGGCAGUGGAGGGGAAGUUCAUCUGGACAGAUGGAUCCCAGGUCAGCUACACCAGAUGGUCCAGUGGGCAACCCGACGAUUGGCGUAGACUUGAGGACUGUACUCACAUGUGGCACGAUAGACAUGGCCAAUGGAAUGACAAUGAAUGCGGUUUCAAGUACUCAUACAUGUGCAAGAUGUCCCGCACUUCAAAGUAAAUCGACCCCACAUAUUUGCCACAUCAAACCUGAAGCCCUCACAAUCGGUAUACCAAGUCGAUUGCCUUGGCGAUGAUCACUAAACAGUCUCACCAAACGGACACUCACAACGGCAUCACUACAAAACUGAACGGUUUAAUUUCGGUGUACGGACUGCUGUCCGGCUACACUGUAAAAAAAAACUGUUUACGUAACCCACGUCUCACCAUCUUUGCCUUCAACGUUUACGAACCUGCAUGCUUUCAAGUUUAAAUAUUAGUAUUUAGCCUUUGCUCAUUUUAGGUGUCCAGAUUAAUAUUAAGAAGUAUGGACGAAGACCAUACACAUCGGUGAACUAAUCAGCUGUUGUACUUAAAGGUAGGGUAAAUCAAUUUAAGUCAACUGUGCAGCACCUUUUUUCGUUUGAAACAAUAAAUGUGCUCACCUUUUUCAACUAACCUAAUGAAGUUUUAGCUUUGUGAAUGAUGUAUGUAGAGAUAGCAAUAUGAUCUGGGUUCAUUCAAAUGUCGGAGCGUUAUGUUUUGAAUUGGCCUGGAAUUAGCAUCUAGAAUACGUUCUCAUUCAACUCUGCACGCUAAGCUGACGAAUAAUUGCAACAGCGCGCGCGUGUGCGUCGUGUCAACGUUUGCGCACACCCUUUCACGGAUUCGCCAAAUUUUUACAGAAAUGCGUCUUUAGACAUUAGCUUCUUUUAUUGUUUUCUUUAAAUGAUAGCAUGCCAGAAAUGCCAUUACUAUCUUAAAACCAAGUAGGCUUUUCAACAUUAAUUUCGUCAUACGCGUCAGUUACCUUUUGGAUAGUAUACAAAUAUUGAGUGGCUCAGCGUGGAAUGGGAGGAAUAUUAUCGCGAGGUAAAAUCUGGAC